AGAUAACAAAAUUACAACUGAAUGGAAAGCAGCUCCUAAAGUCUGCUAUUUUUGUGACCAAGAGGGACAUAUAAAAAAAGAAUACUCUCACAAAAUAGCUCAAGAAAUAGAAAGUCUUCCAAAAACUAAAGAGAAAGAAGAACCAAAAGAGGAAGCAAUAAGCAUAGAAAUAUAA